AUGGAGCUAAUGAGUGAAUCGCUGGGCAACGAGCCUGCCGAUCUCUCCUGUACUUUACAAGUAAUUGGUGCAGGGUUUCCACGAACUGCUACUAUGUCGUUCGCUCUUGCACUUCAAAUUUUAUUCAAAAAGCCUGCACUACACUGCAGCUCAGCAGUCAUGGGUCGUGAAGAAAAACAUAUCAAAGACUGGAUAUGGCUCAUGGAAAACUCCACACCGUAUUCCCAGCUUUCCGAAGGAGAUCGUCUUUUAGUCCAAAAGAAACUGCGCGGUCUAUGUGCUGGAUACGUGGGAAUCAGCGACUGUCCAGGCUGUUGGUUCGUUGAAGAGCUAUUCGACGUCUAUCCCGACGCGAUUGUGAUCUGCACAACGCGUGAUCCGGACCAGUGGUGGAAGAGCAUAGAUCCGCUGGUCAAGCAAGUCUCCCCGAUGAAAGCUCUAAAUCUCUUGUUCGCGCCGCUUCCCACACUAAGAUUCUGGGUACGAUGGAUUAAGGGUCUGGAAAAGAGAAGAAUUAGACCACUCCUGGUGUACGACGGCUCGAAAGAAUAUUCAAAAAGACUUCUCUUAGAUCACAAUGAGUAUCUUAAGCGCGUCACACCACCUGGAAAGCUACACUUCUUUGAUGUUAAAGACGGCUGGGAGCCCCUUUGCAAGAUUCUGAAUAUGCCGGUCCCAGAUCAACCGUUUCCGCAUGCACAUGAUGCAGAGACUAUAAGGAAAGAAAUUGAAGGAUACGUCAAAUUAGCUAUCCAGCGAUGGUUCCUAAUUUUGGGACUGGGUAGUUUUAUUGCCAUUACAAUGUUGGUUUUGUGGAAAAGAAGCUAA